AUGUACAAUCCCGUGGACGCUGUUUUAACAAAGAUAAUUACCAACUAUGGGAUUGAUAGUUUUACACUGCGAUAUGCUAUCUGCUUGUUGGGUUCCUUCCCACUGAAUGCUAUCUUGAAAAGAAUUCCCGAGAAGCGUGUAGUUUUAAAAUGCUGUUUUAUCAUUUCUAUGUCAAUGUUUUACUUAUUCGGCGUGCUUAAUCUAGUAAGUGGGUUCAGGACCCUGUUUAUUAGUACUAUGUUUACUUACUUGAUCUCAAGAUUUUACCGUUCCAAAUUUAUGCCACAUUUGAAUUUCAUGUUUGUUAUGGGCCAUUUGGCAAUAAAUCAUAUAUACGCCCAAUUCCUUAACGAACAGACUCAAACUACUGUUGAUAUUACAAGUUCACAAAUGGUUUUAGCCAUGAAACUAACUUCCUUUGCAUGGUCGUACUAUGAUGGUUCAUGUACUAGCGAGAGUGAUUUCAAAGAUUUGACUGAACAUCAAAAAUCUCGUGCUGUGAAAGGACAUCCACCCUUGUUAAAGUUCCUGGCAUAUGCUUUUUUCUAUUCAACGUUGUUAACUGGCCCAAGUUUUGAUUAUGCCGAUUUUGACAGCUGGUUGAAUUGUGAGAUGUUCCGUGAUUUACCUGAAAGCAAAAAGCCUAUGAGAAGACGCCACCCUGGCGAAAGAAGACAGAUUCCAAAGAAUGGUAAGCUUGCAUUGUGGAAAGUUGUUCAAGGUCUUGCUUGGAUGAUUUUGAGUGCAUUCGGGAUGAAGCACUUCCCCGUUAAGUAUGUUUUGGACAAAGAUGCCUUUCCUCAGAGAUCUUUUAUAUUCAGAAUCCAUUACUUAUUCUUGUUGGGUUUUAUCCAUAGAUUCAAGUACUAUGCUGCCUGGACUAUUUCAGAGGGAUCUUGUAUUCUGUGCGGUUUAGGCUAUAAUGGUUAUGAUCCAAAGACACAAAAGAUCAGAUGGGAUCGUGUUAGAAAUAUUGACAUCUGGACCGUGGAAACAGCUCAAAGUACGCGUGAAAUGUUGGAAGCAUGGAAUAUGAACACUAACAAGUGGUUAAAAUACUCUGUUUAUUUACGUGUUACGAAAAAGGGCAAAAAGCCUGGUUUCCGCUCAACUUUGUUUACUUUCUUAACUUCCGCAUUUUGGCAUGGUACUAGACCUGGAUACUAUCUGACUUUCGCGACAGGGGCAUUGUACCAAACUUGUGGUAAAAUUUACAGACGCAAUUUUAGACCAAUUUUCUUACGGGAAGAUGGUGUCACACCAUUACCUUCUAAAAUAAUCUAUGAUUUUAUUGGCAUUUAUGCAAUUAAGCUAGCAUUUGGUUAUAUGGUGCAACCAUUUAUUAUCCUUGACCUGAAGCCAUCUUUGAUGGUUUGGGGGUCCGUUUAUUUUUAUGUUCACAUUAUCGUUGCUUUUUCAUUUUUCCUGUUCAGAGGACCAUAUGCUAAGCAAGUAACCGCAUUCUGUAAAUCCAGACAACCUAAAGAAAUAUUCCUCAGAAAACAAAAGAAGCUUGAAAAUGACAUUUCGGCAAGCUCUCCAAAUUUGGGUGAUAUUUUGAAGGCAAAGAUGGAACAUGAAAAGGGAAAGACGGCAGAAGAAGACGAAAUGAACUUAGGAAUUCCACCUAUUGAGUUAGAAAAGUGGGAUAAUGCUAAAAAAGACUGGGAAGAUUUCCGCAAUGAUUACAAAGAAUGGAGAAAUAAAAAUGGUCUUGAAAUAGAAGAAGAAAACCUUUCUAAAGCUUUUGAAAGAUUCAAGCAGGAAUUUUCCAACGCUGCAAGUGGAUCAGGUGAACGCGUGAGAAAAAUGAGUUUUAGCGGAUAUUCACCAAAACCCAUUUCAAAGAAGGAACAGUAG